UACAGGAAAUGAGCUCCCCGAACAGCAAUCUGAACAGGAGGUUCCCAAUUGAAGCCGGAGAUUCAAUAGUACCAGGACGUGUGUCAGAGAGCCAGGAGCCUCCUGGGCAAACACCAGCAGCACACGCACCCCCUCCCCACACCAGGCAGCUGAGGCGAUGCCCUGGCAGUCACUGCUUGACCGUCCCCCACGUGCCCAUCGACGUCUACAUCGGGAUGAGCAGCGAGUCCUCUCCCAGCCGGGCAACUUGACCUGCAGAGCCCAGAACUGACCCGCGGCCCGCUCCAAGGGAGCUGAGUAAUGGCACAAGAGCACAAU